UCUCUCUCUCUCUCUCUCUCUCUCUCUCUCUCUCUCUCUCUCUCUCUCUCUCUCUCUCUCUCUCUCCAUGGCUCUAGAUCACAAACAACCCACCACUCCUCAUCAAACCACCACCAUGACAACAUGGCAGCCCCGCCGCAAGAUCUCCCUAUUCAGACGGCGGAAACUCCAAACAGUUCGGCUAGGCGGCAAGUCACCACGACGGCGACUACUUGGCGGGAUAGUUAGAAUAUUUAGAAGGAUGCGUGUAAAGUGGCUUAAGCUACAAUAUCUUAAGCUGUUCAAAAGGCUUAAAGAACAUUAUAGAAACAUUGUGAAAGAUCUUAUUGAAGCUGGUGCUUCCGUUGAAACUUUUCACCAACGGCUUUUCAUGGAAAGCACUUUUGCUAUUCCUCUUGGUGUUAACUUGUCUACUUAUCCUUCUCGGUUUGGUUCAGAUCACCCUCGAACUAUCUUCAUGUAAAUUAUCAACUCUUUUUUUUUUCUUUCUAAAUAUAUGUAUGUAUGAAGAAAAAAGAAAUUCAAGUUUCGUUGGAAAAUUAUCUUUUGAUUUCUUGCCUCGUGAUUUGAUUUUUUUAUGAGAUUGUGAGGAAGUUAUUUUAAGGGGAUGAAAACUAUGAAUGCUCUUGUUUAUUGGCA